AUGUCGGAAUGGCCGAAAGCAUCGAUCAAUGAAGAAACAGCAGAAGAACUCCGACCGAGAGUGCUGCACCAUUACGUGGAAACAACCGGGGAUUUUUUGCGUCCUGAAAACUAUUCCAACUGGAACCGUCUACAGCGACUGACAGCCCUCACGCGAAGAUUUCUGACCAAUCUUAAGUGUAAAGUGAAAGACGAGCAUUUUCUUCGAGGGCCAUUGACGAGCGAAGAAUUAUUACUAGCCAGCAAUUAUCAAUACAAACGUGCUCAAUGCGAAUACUACAAAAAUGAGUUAGCGGCGUUGUCUGCAGGUAAACUCAAUUUACUGAAAAGCAGCUACUUACACAAGCUUAAUCCCUUUAUCGAUGACGCCGGUGUCAUGCGUAUACGCAGUCGCGUAGACGUUUGCGAUUUCGCUGGUGAGAAAACACAGUUUCCAAUUGUAUUGCCACGCCGGCAUCCACUUACCAAACUAGUGCUCCAGGAUAUCCAUGAAAAAUAUCAUCACCAGUGCAAUGAAACUUUCGUCAAUGAGGCUCGGAGGAAAUUUGACAUUCCUAGAGUACGUGUGGAAUGUGAUAGAGUCAGAAAAGAGUGUUCCCGUUGUAAAAUACGCCGAGCUAGGCCCGACCCACCAAUGAUGGCAGACCUACCCAAAGAACGAUUAGCAGCUUUCGUUCGUCCGUUUUCCUAUGUAGGGAUUGAUUUUUUUGGCCCGUACCAGGUCAUUGUUGGACGGCGAACGGAGAAGCGUUAUGGGGUAUUGAUCACCUGCUUGACUACAAGGGCAAUCCACAUUGAGAUAGCUCACUCUCUCUCGACCGACUCUUGCAUAAUGGCCCUCCGUAACUGCUUCAACAGACGAGGAACUCCACUGAAAAUAAUGAGCGAUAGAGGGACAAACUUCAUGGGAGCAUCGAAGGAGCUCGCUGCAGCGUUGGAGCGAGUGGACAGUCAUAAAAUUAUGACUGAAUUCACUACGCCGAACACAUCUUGGAGCUUCAAUCCACCGGCAUCCCCCCAUAUGGGCGGCAUAUGGGAGAGGAUGAUACAGGCGGUGAAAAAGGUACUCGAAGAGAUAAAACCCAAGCGUUUGCCAACCGAUGAAGUCGUCAGGAACCUCAUAGCCGAGGUCGAAUACGUAGUGAAUAACAGACCGUUAACUUAUGUUCCUGUUGACAAUGAAUCGUCGCCCGCUUUGACGCCAAACCAUUUUUUGUUUGGAUCAUCGGACGGUUCCAAACCUCUGGUAGCGUAUGACGAUAGUGUCCUCGCAUUGAAGCAGUCUUGGAAAACGUCACAGAUUCUCGCCAACUACUUUUGGAAGCGCUGGGUUCUCCAAUACACUCCUGUCAUCACACGCCGAACAAAGUGGUUUAACCCUGUAAAGCCGAUUUCUGUGGGAGACAUUGUUAUAAUCGUCGACUCGAAUCUCCCUAGAAAUUGCUGGCCUAAAGGCAAAAUAAUCCCAGUGAAAACUUCGAAGGACGGUCAGGUACGUUCAGCGACGGUUCGGACAAAAUCCGGGAUCUACGAAAGACCAGCAGUGAAAUUGGCGGUGCUAAACAUCGGGUCAAAUGAGAGUAUACUGAACCAUGAUUCAAUGGACCAGAGUUCAGCUACUGGGGGAGACUGUUGCGAACGCCCCUCGUUAGUGAGCACACCUCCAAAAUAG